AUGGCAGGUGAUCCCCCCCGGCGUGCAUCUGCCGCUCCUGCUCUCGCUGCUGCUUCAAGUGCCAUACCGCCUGCACCUCCGCUGCCGCCGCAGAAGCAUUCCGAUCCCUCGCAGAAGUACACGAGUGCCUUUGCCAGGUUCGUUGCGCAGCCCUUCUCCGGUUAUGGCUCGCGACCGCCAAGCGCGCAGGCCCACCGCCCCGAGGGAGGCAGGGUGAAUUCGUUAUUGAUUCCAAGAAAUCUUGGUCCGAACUCGAUAUCCUCGCAGGAUGCGAGCCACAAGACCGGUCUGGAGAUUACUGCUCUUGACAUCAAUCACGAGAGAACUCAUGCCAUUCUCGCUGGCCGAGAAAUCUUAAAGACAAUCCGCAUCGCUGGCACUAGAUGUGCUGAAGAGUCUAAUCUUCGCGCAGCGAUCCUGAACUACAACAAUGCUGCGCAUAGCUCAUCCGGUGCAGGCGGCGGCGCUCGCUCAAGAGACACGCUCGAGAUCCAUGACGUUAAGUGGUCGCAUGGCCAGUUCAGCUCUCACAUCGCAACGGCCGCCACCAAUGGGAAAGUAAUCAUCUACGAUCUCAACCGGACCGGCGUGGAGCUUGCUCGCCUGCACGAGCACCAUCGCCAGGUACACAAAGUCGCAUUCAAUCCCCAUCAAGGUUACCUGCUUCUGUCGGGAAGCCAAGAUGAUACCGUUCGGUUAUGGGACCUGCGAGACCUGAGAAAAGACAUAAUGUCAUUCACCAGUCGAGACAGAUUCCUUGGUAUGAGCGGACCCGUGCGCGACCUUAGGUGGUCACCUACCGACGGCGUAGAGUUUGCAUUCGGCACAGACAACGGAGUCAUACACCGCUGGAACUACCGCAUGAACAGGGGUCCGCUACUCAAGAUUAAUGCGCACGACAAAACAUGUACGGCCAUCGACUGGCACCCAGACGGAAAGCAUCUUGUCAGCGCAAGCAAAGACAAGACUGUCAAAGUGUGGGACUUCUCAUCGGACCAGCGGCGCCAGAAGCCUGCCUAUGUCAUCAGAACGCCGUAUCCUGUGUACAAUGCGCGCUGGCGGCCGCCUUGUUGGCAAGCAGACGGCCAUGAUCAUGGCAUAUGGAAGUGCACCAUGCUUGCUACUUCCUAUGACCGAGAUCACCCAGUCGUACAUCUCUGGAAUUUCCAGCGUCCUUUCUUGCCUUUCCGAGAAAUAUCCCGGUAUAGCACAGCUCCAACUGACAUGCUGUGGCAGCACAGAGAUCUGCUCUGGACCGUUGGCCGCGAAGGCGUCUUUACCCAGACGGACGUGCAAUAUACUCCUAAGGUCAUAGAUAGGCGCAACAUGCAGGCCUUGGCCUUGUCACCGACUGGAGACAUAUGUGGUUUCGUUCAGAGGAGACAUCGACGCGUCAAGCCGGGCCCUGGAUAUCGUGGUGAUGAUAGCUAUCAUACCGACGAGAAAAAUAUUAGCCCCGAGAAGCAGAGCUUAAGCAGGAGUUUGGCUGAUGACAGCGUAGACGAUACGUUUCUGAGUUCUGCUUACAGGAAGCAUCACGGACGCUCAGCCAGCAAUAGAUCCGCCAGAUCUCUCGGAAGCUCACAGCCAUCGUCCGAAUCGGCUCAGGUCAUGACGCUGGACGAAGGCGUGGAUGCCGAGAAGGAUUCCGUACAACCGAGUCAAGUCGCACUAAGAGGAUUUGUUCCCGGCACGGUCAAUGUACCCAUCUUCACAUACCUCGCUCAGAAAUACAAGAUGAUUCCACUGCCGGAAUCGCCAACCAUUGAGUCUUUCAACGAAGUAAGACGAGUGUUUGACCAGAAUGCUGAGUAUGCUCAAAGAGCCGCCUUCUACAGACUGGCUGAAACAUGGAGGAUGAUCGGCUUCUCGACGAAGAUCGCGAUUCAGCGGAGAGCGCAAGAAAGACGGAGACGAAGGUUACACCCAGGACCUGUGCUUCCCGCUGAACGGCGUGUCCUGUCAGGUUCUGUGGCGAGCAAAGAGGAGCAAGUGGUGGCAACACAUCCCGCGAUUUGUGCCAUCAUUUCAGAAAAUGGGAAUCACGUCAAAUCCGAGAAUUCAUCGAACGCAGCGACACCACUGGCAAGGCCUCAACUGCAUGUCCCUGUCCCCGGGCGCCAUCACGAGCUGUUGCCCGAUCUAGAGCACGCAGAGGGCCUCGCUCUACCGGCGGCUAUGAUCGGCUCGAACACCUCACAGCACGACCAGCUAAAACAGCACAACGACAAAAGGCCAGGCCUACCGAAACCGGUCUUUGAUGGCCCCGGAUGGUACAGCUCGUCGCCCGACCUCAGCGAGCGUCGAGCGACGAUGGGCAGCUGGCGCGCCCAGCCGAGAGCACUGCUCACACUCGAGACAGCGGGAGGGCAAUCAGUCAACGAGAGGAUGUCCUCUUCCUUGGAUAGGCGGAGCUCAGAGGACAGCUUUACGAUGUUCUCUGCGUCUACGGAUUCUCGACAGCCUCAAUCGAUAGGCAGCUCUUUCGCUAGUAAAUCAUCUCAUCGGCGUAGCAUGGAGUCUUUGCCGGAAAGGUGGGACCGUGACGAUAACCACCUUCCCAACUUGAGACCUGAAAGCAACUUGAUACGUCCAAUGGAGGUUCCGUUGCAAGCAUCUAUGAGUUCCUACAGCAACACCGAGAAGAUCAUCAUACCUCGCUCGAUCUCAGAGAACCCUAUCGGUCAUCAAUCUUUACUCCCAGCUGCAUCGUUUGGCAUAAACGGCGCCUCGAUACACAAGGCAGGCGAGGCUCCUGCGGUAGACGAGCACCAGCCGACUGUAGGGUCAGCCUCGAGCCCAAGCAAGAUCAUCCAGCGGAUGGAAACACUACGUAGAAACAACCAGCUCAUCCGGCAAACCAGUUCCGAAUCGAAGAUCCACUUAAGCGGCAAGGAUAGCUUCUCAGAUACCUCGCUGCAGUCCGCGGAGAACACGCGGGCAACCGGCAUGAUGCCCGCCGACAAGUUAGCGGAAGUUCAUCCCUCUCCGCAACAGCCAGCACCACCAGCGAAGUUGCAACGAGAAGCCGAGAGCGCACCAGCAGCUUUGCAGACUACGACGAGCAAAGACAUCGAUGACGAGGCAUUGAUUCUAUCCGACUUCCUCACCCUAGACACAAGCUCCGAUGCCGAAAAAUGCAGCCCCUUCACCAUCGUCGACAUGCUCACCCAACUCCUCUCCUUCCACACGACCACCCUCUCCGACGCCCAAACCCCCGCGCACCUGCUCCUCCUUCUGUUGCCCCUCCUCCCCCCAUCCCACCCCCUCGACGCACCCUCCACAGCCACAAUCCUUGCCUCCUACGCCGACAACCUCAGCACCACCGGCCUCUCCCCCACCCAAGUCUCCACAAUCCUGACAACCCACCUCCACCACAUCACACUUACAGGCAUUAACCCCUUGCAAGCCGAGAGCAUCCUCGCGGCUUACCACGCCCAACUCUCGAGCCUGGGCCUGCAUACCGCGGCCGCGUAUCUGCGGCGCCUGGCCUAUCCGGCGUUUCCGGCGGUGUACGAACAGGCGCUCAAGGACACGCAGCUCGGGCUGCUGUGCCGCGGGUGCAAGAACCCGAUUACGAACCCCCGUGAUGGCAUGAGAUGCGAGACGUGUCGGGCGCGCCAGGCCGAGUGUCCGGUGUGCUGGAGCCGGUAUCCCCCGUUUGAAGGGUGGGCCGGGAAGAAAAAGAAGAAGGAGAAAGACAAGGAGAAGGAGAAGGAGAAGGGCGGAUUGCAGACUCCAGCCCAUCACCAGCACCACACGGCCGCAGAGCCAGACACAGUCAACCCCGUCUCCGCCCCGGCCUCGCCCCACCCAACCCUCUACACCGCCUGCGCGCUCUGCAGCCACACCGCACACCUCGCCUGCCUGAACCUCUACUUCGCGGACCCGGUCAGCGAGGGCGCGUGUCCGACCCCCGGCUGCUUGUGCGAUUGUGUCAAUGGUGCGAGGAGGGUGGAGAGGCUGAAGCUGAUGCUGGCUAGGAAGGCUGAGAAGGAGAGGAUUAGGGGGGCGGUGGCGGGGAGGGAUGAAUGGAGGGUUGGGGAGAGUAGGGCUGUGGGGGCUGCGAGGGGGGUGUUGGGUACGGGUUUAGCUACUGGGAUUGGUGGUUCAAGGGGGGAGGAGAGGAGGGUUAGGGUUGUGGAGCCUGAGGGUUGGGUGAGGAGGUAG